AUGUGGAACCGUCCCCACGUCAUCUGCCUGGAUGAGCCUACCAACUACUUGGAUCUGGAGGCACUAGACUCACUGGCCCUGGCUAUUACGAAGUUUAAGGGCGCCAUUGUGCUCAUUUCGCACACACCCAGGUUCGUAAACGAGCUCUGUAAUGAGCAUUGGGUGGUCGAGGGCGGCACAUUACACCAACGUAUGAAUAAGAUCAAUUAG